UUGGUACUCUCCGAUUUCAUGGUCCAAUCACAGACACUUCCUCUCUGUUGUGAUCUGAAACACUGGGGGGGGGGGGGAAUGAUGUUCUCCAUGGUCAUGAAAAGUGUAAAAAAAAAAAAAAAAAGGAAAGAUACAAAAGGGCAAAGCGAUGGAUGAGUAGAGGGAAGUGGCACUCCACGGCAGGUAUAAUCCCUGCACAGCUCAAUGGAGACCUCUUUAAGGAAGGGUGUAUGAAUUAUAGCUUAACCUGUUACCAUAGCAGCUGGGCUAAGAACCCAUUGGAAAACACAGAAAACAUGGCUGCAUCGGAUGUUGACAUUUCGGAAAAGGCCGACAUUUUAAUGCAAAUAUUAUGUUGGGAAUCAAACAUAAUAUUCAAAGCUGAGUUACUAUCUGAGCUUAUUAAACCUGUCAAACAAAAGCAGUUGCGCCAACAGAAAAUGUAUUUCAGCAUUUGACACUUUUUUUAUUAAAAGGAGCAAAAUGCUAAAUAAACCAAAUAAUUAAUUUUAUUUGCAAGUGUAUGAAAGCCAUACCCACAUAAUUUUUUGAACUGUAUGGCAGAUGUUGAUAUUAUAGUCUUUUAUAAUUUGCCAUGUCUUUCUGGGUUCAUUUUAUCUUGUGCAAAAGACAAGUGAAAGUACAUUGCUUUCUUUCCUCUGUAUUUUCUGACACCCGUAACAAUUUUACAAAAAUAUGACAUAUAUAACAUAUAUAAUAUAUGACAGAAAUCCUAAACCCUAGAGGUACAUGAAAUCUUAUACAUUAACAUAAAUAAAUAAAUCUGUGAGCCCAGCCCAAGCAGAGUGAAGCGUGGUGAGUGUCUGAUGCUCCAGCACAAUGCGGAGGCUGGACUACAGCUCCCACGUCACAGAGUGGGUCUGGACUACAGCUCCCACGUCACAGAGUGGGUCUGGACCCGCUAUAAAUGGCAGGAGGGACCCCCCCCCCCAGCUCUCCCCUCCUCCUCCUCCCCCCUGACGGAGUGCUGAGUGAGAGGGUUCAGACAGCAUGAGGACCUGAAUCCUGCAGGAACUAAAAUCAGCUACCUCCAGCACCUCUAGAUUUACCAGCGUCUCCAGCACCUCUAGCUUAACCAGCACCUCCAGCUCAACUGCCUCCAGCUCAACCAGCACCAGCACCAGCACCGUCUGCACCAGCACCAGCACCAGUACCACCGGACAGAGCCGCCAAACAGAGCCAGCACCACCACCGGAUGACCUGAGCGACGCGCACUCGCCCAGCGAACCUCUCUCUCCCUGCGCCCCUGUCUCUUAGAGCCAUGACCAGGAAGGUCUUCACUAACAGCCGGGAGCGCUGGAGGCAGCAGAAUGUGAACGGGGCCUUCGCCGAGCUGCGCAAGCUCAUCCCCACGCACCCGCCCGACAAGAAGCUCAGCAAGAACGAGAUCCUGCGCCUCGCCAUGCGAUACAUCGGCUUCCUGUCCCGCCUGCUGGAGGCGCAGAGCGGGCCGCCGCCCGGCCCCGCCUCCCUGCUCUCCUUCCUGCGUGGGAACGUCCAGCACCUCAACUCCGGCCGAGCCUGGGCCCCGGCCAGUGACUCCGACGCCCCGUCGCCAGGGUCCAGCUGCGGCAGCUCCGAGGCCUGGUAGCCCCGCCCGAAACACGCCCGAAACACACCGGAAACACACCCAACACACGCACAAAACACACCCAACACACGCACGAAACC